UUGUCUACACUAGGGCAGCCUGGACAGUGUCACUGAUCCGUGUUCUACCCGUGGUCCUACGCUGCGGUGGUGAGCUGCGUUUUCAACCAGAAGAUGCUGAGUGAUGACAGAUGACAGGAGGGAGCUGCCUGACAUGGGAAGGUUGUAGAGUAGUCACGACAAGACUACAUCUGAGGAGUUUUGACCUCCAAACUCAACUGGAACCAUCCAGUUAUACCGUAACACCUGCUGAGGAGCUCCCGGACUCGGACAACUCUCCCUUCAAGCAGAACUCACUCAAGCAGAGUGGACCAGAAGCAACUGAAUGGCCAUUUUCAUAGGCAGUAACUCAGGUUUGGAUGAGGCUCACCACAAGCUGUGAGGAUCUGAUUGAGUUGGACUGAUUUUUGUAAAGGUGAAUAUUUCCGCCCCAUCCGGUUUUGGGUUCAUGGAGUGAGAACCGGCCAUGCCUGAGAUCCAGACCUUCUAUUUCACCAGGCCCCCGAGCCUCUAUCUGGACCCAGCACUGAUGCAGCUACACAUCCUGGAGGAUCAAGUAGAGUUCUUGUGGUUCAGAGAGCCGCGACACUCCUUGGUCUGCUACUGCGCCUCGGUGGCCCUCAUAGUGGGGUUGGGGCUUGGUGGCGUAGGCCUGCUGUCCACCACCACCAACCUGUCUGGGGAAUGGCGUCUUGGCGUGGGCACCACCCUCUGCCUCCUGGCCCUGGCUGUGUUACUCAAGCAGCUCCUCAGCUCUGCAAUCCAGGACAUGAACUGCGUGCAUAGUCGACAUCGGAUCGAGCAGCUGAAGAGCGGUGGGAGGGCUGACCCGGCGCUGAUCCUGGCCGUGGGUCUGGCAGUGAGUCUGUGUGGGACGGUGCUGCUCUGUGUGGGCUCAGUGGGCCGCCAGGGGCCCGACAACAGAGACAUGCUGGUGUUUGGUAUGGUGCUCAUGGCUGCUGGUGCAGGCAUGGCUCUGGCUGUAGGAGGAUACGCUGUAGUGGUCCAUCUCAGGAGAAGGGAGCAGAGGAGGAGGAGGAGGAGGAGGGUGAGGAUGGGCAGAGCCAGGAGGCUGGGGAGCCAGGCGGUCCAAGUGUUCAGUGUUCCAGCUGAACAGAUGAGUCAGAGCAGGACAGAAGCAUCCACCAGCAGGACCAGUCUCAUCUGAACGGACUGAAGGGAAAACCGUCAGAUUGAGAGCCGAAGAGAAUGGAAUAAAGAACAGAAUCUCAUCUAAACUCUCAUAUUUCAUCAGCGCUGAUCCCUGAUCAGCUGGCCAUCUUAUGCUGAGUUACAUGCUGUUUGAGAACAUUCAGUUAAUUAUUAUAACACUUUAUUUGUAAAAAACUAAUGAAAUAAAAACAUAACAAUGACCUGCUGCUGAGCCAGAGAACCAAAUCAAAUCCAAACAGCCACGGACAAGACCUUCAGGUCAGGUAUUCGAGUCUCGAUGGGCCACAUUAAAAGUUUUCACUGAGUCAAAGGUCUGUUUGUCGAUCAGCGCACCGUCAUUAAAUCAGCUUCAACACAACUUGCUUUGUUCAGUCAGAACAGCAACAAGCAUGUAAUGAUAUUUCCAUUCAGUAAACAACUCAUCCACUGCUGAGGACAUGCAUCCUGCAUGCUUUAUUCCAUCACAGAGCUGUUUGUCAGACCACCAGCCAGCACUUCUGCUGCUCUUGCUGCUGUCGAUUCUCAGACAGGGGCUUGCUAAAAGGGAAAUUCCACCCCUAAUCUGGUCUAUUUCUGUGUUCCCCAGAGGUAGGUAGGUGAGAAAGCAGCAUUUUGUAACCAGCGCAGUAAUUCUCCUGGUCUGGCAGCCGUCCAUCUGCCUUAGCUUAGCAUACACAAUGGAAGUGAACAGCAGAUAUAAGCAUUUUUGUGCAAAAGUGAUUAAAAUUACUUAAUAAUAAUACCAAUUACUCAUUGUGAGCUCAAUAAUCGUGCAGACAGCAGAUGAAAAGUAGAAAGUAACACAAAGAAUUGCAGGAGCCAAUGAAGACAUGGGACUACGUUACGACAAGCACGGCUGUGUGGCACAUGGAUGUAACACAGCGGUCGGAAAAGCCUCCAGCUUCCGCAAACAAACACACGCUUGGCUGCUAUCCAGUCCAGGGGUCUCAUUUAUCAAACACUGCGUAGAAUCCUUACUAAAACGUACUUAAGCUCAGCAAAACAAAAGUACUGACGCCAAGCAGGUGUGUGAUCUAUCAAACAUGGAGGACACACAGCUGCACGCAAGCUCCGCUUCAUAAAUCAGAGACUAUCUAGAAUGUUUCUCAGCUGCAUUUUAGUCACAUCCCGCCCUCGCCACGCCCACUUACUGCCAUAAAUGGUCAAUGCAAAGUGCCUUGUGGAUCUCAUGCAUAUACAUAAGCCGGCUGUUGCAGCGCUCCGCCAAUGACAUGGCGGCCGUAGAUCAAUGCAGAUCAAGGAAGCGCUAUUACACAGAAGUAGAAGUUGAGGUACCUGCGGGUGAGGCGGAGAAAUGAAAGGAAGUGCUUUUGCAAAACAAAUAAGAGAAAAUCCACGGAGUGGCACAGCGUUGCUGAAGCCGUCAAUGCUGACUUCUUCAGAGAGAUCUGUGGCGGAUAUAAAAAAAAUGAUCCAAUCGUGAUUCGAUCCCCAGACUCCCGGGCUAAAGUCACGCUCGCUAACCAGUCAGCCAAACGGAGAUCUCCCCUGUACAAGUAGCCAGGGUCAAUCGGGUCACAGUGACAGUACACACACUGUCACAGACGCAUGAUGUUCUGUCUCAAUCUGUCCCCCUGCUGAUAUUCUGCA